AUGGAAUAUUACUUCUUCUACGGUAGCCUCAUGGACCGUCCCAAGCUCGCCGAAAUCCUAGAAAAACCGGGCUGGCAUGAACUCCACUCGGCGAAAAUCGUUGGCUGCGACUGCAAGAUGUGGGGAGAAUACCCGGCUCUAGUGCGUGGAUCGCCAGAGGACGUCAUUCACGGCAUGGCGUUUGAGGUUCGGACGAGCAAGGAACGAGAUAGUCUGAUCGCUUAUGGGACCGCUUAUGAGACUGGUGCCUACGAUCUCCAAGAUUGCGUUAUUGAUCUCGAUGGUAGAGGUCGGGUUAACGGGAAGACGUUCGUUUGGAACGGAGAAUUUUCAUCGCUUCGUGCUGGAACAUUUGAUUUGAAAGAUUGGAAACUGAAUCAGGAACGUUCCUAG